UUCUCUUCUCAAAGUAGUUGAAAAACAAAACCCUAAGGUGGUUCUCUGCAAGAACAAUCGCCGCCGGCUUGAUCUUUCUCUCAACUUCACCCUACUAUAGUACUAUACCCUUCACAGCGGUUCUCACUCUCUAUCAGUUCUGCGCUCUCUGGUUUAUCAAGCCUCUUUCUUGAAAUUCCAUUGUUUUUGAAUUGUUCAACCAUUUGCAGUAAUUUACGCAAAAUAAGUGAUUUUUAUGGUUCUUAGAUGUUUGAUCACAGAGGGUUCAUAAUUUUUACUUAGAAAACCAACAUAUAUUAAAGUUUGUAUAAUCAAAGAUUGGAUUUUUAUGAGCUGAAAGUCUUGAUUUUUAGGUUUUUACAUGUGAGUAUUGAUUAUUUUAGGGUUCAGAUUACAGAGUUGUUGGUUUCAUAGCCCUUUUUUCGGUCGUUUUUAGGGUUAGUGGUGUUGGCUGUGGGAUUUUGAGAAAUUGGUGAGUUUGCUGAGCUUGUGAAUAUGUUAUCUGAAUUCAGUAGGAGGCCAAUGAUGGGAAACAAUGAAAACUCGUUUGGAGAUGAUUUUGAGAAGGAGAUAGGGCUUUUGCUUUCUGAACAGCGUCGUCACGAGGCUGAGGCUGAUGAUCUUGAAAAGGAACUUAAUUUAUAUAGAAGUGGCUCAGCUCCUCCUACUGUGGAGGGUUCUUUUACUGCAGUUGGUGGUUUGUUUAAACAUGGAGGUGGGGGUGGUGGCAGUGGAGUUGGAGGGAGUUCCACCAUUCAGGAUUUCGCUCGGAACAAAAAUGGGAAUAGUUUCAUAUCAGAAGAGGAGCUUAGGUCAGACCCUGCUUACUUGUCUUACUAUUAUGCUAAUGUGAAUCUGAACCCUAGGUUGCCUCCUCCUCUGAUGUCCAAAGAGGAUUGGAGGUUUGCACAGCGGUUACAAGGAGGGAACUCUGCAAUAGGGGAUAGGAGGAAAGUAAACAAGAAUGAUGGUGCCAUGGUUGGUAGGUCACUAUUUUCCAUGCCACCAGGAUUUAACUCAAAGAAAGAGGAGACUGAGAAUGAAUCAGACAAAUUACAGGGUUCAGUUGAGUGGGGUGGGGAUGGACUGAUUGGUUUGCAGGGAUUAGAAUUGGGUACCAAACAAAAGAGCAUUGCUGAGAUAUUUCAGAAUGAUUUGAACCGUGUUCCUGCAUCUGGUGGUCGCCUUUCACGCCCAGCAAGCCGUAAUGCAUUUGAUGCUAGUGAUGAUAACUUGAAUACUGCAGAACCUGAUAUUUCUCACCUUCGUCAUGACAUUUCAUCAUUAGACCCAUUAAGGUCUGCAGCAAAUGCCCAGGGUUCAUCUGUUCAACAUGUAGGACCUGCCUCAUCAUAUUCAUAUGCUGCUGUUGUGGGUGCUUCAUUGUCAAGAAGCACCACUCCCGAUGCUCAACGUGUUGCUACUGCUCCUAGUCCUUGCAUUACUCCUAUUGGUGGUGGGAGGAUUGCUACAUCAGAGAAAAAAAGUAUUAAUAGUCCAAAAACAUUUAAUGGUGUCACUUCUCAUACAAAUGAGCCCACAGAUCUGGUUGCUGCUUUGUCUAGUAUGAACCUUUCAAAUGGUAUGGUAGCUGAAUAUAAUUGCUUUUCUUGUAUUGGAAAUAAUAGUGGUGACAGUGUGGAUUAUCUAUUUAACUUUGCAGGUAGUCAGAGUAAUGCAAAACAGCAUGCUUACUUGAAGAAAUCUGAAUCUGCACAUUAUAAUAUUCCUUCAGCUUCUCAGCUGACUAAAGCACAGUACACUGAGGCCGGUGCUAGCAACAUUGAUGACCUUCAUAGUUCUAUUCUCCAAUCUGACCUUCACAAAUCUGCUGUUAACUCUAAUAACUCAUACCUAAAAGGAUCUCCGACUUCAACGCUCAAUGGUGGAGCUGGGUUACUUUCUCAUCAUCUGAAUUUGGAUAGUUCCAAUACACCAUAUUCAGGUUAUGGUUUGAGUGGCAAUUCUGCAAAUUCAAUGUCGAGUCAGCACGGCAACUUUAAUCUUCCACCCUUAUUUGAAAAUGCUGCAGCAGCAUCUGCUAUGGGUGUUCCAGGAAUGGACUCAAGAAUGUUGGCUGGAGUAAAUUUGAACGCUGCUGCCGCUGAGCAGUAUCUUGGUAGGAUGGGAAAUCAGAUGGCUGGUGGUGCUUUGCAGGCACAAUUUAUGGAUCCAGUAUAUGCUCAGUACUUAGUUCAGUUUGCAGCACUUAAUGAUCCCUCCAUGGAUCGGAGUUAUAUGGGCAAUUCAUAUAUGGACUUGCUUCAGAAAGCUUAUGUUGGCAACAUGCUAUCUCCUCAGAAAUCACAGUAUGGUGUUCCAUUGAAUAGCAAAAGCAUGGGUUCUAGUCAUCAUGGCUACUAUGGGAAUCCUGCAUUUGGUGCAGGUUUCUCAUAUCCUGGGAGUCCAUUGGCAAGUCCUGUAAUUCCAAACUCUCCUAUAGGACCUGGAAGUCCUAUGAGGCACAGUGAUCAUAGUAUGAGAUUUUCUGGAGGAUUGAGAAAUUUAGGUGCAAGUGUUGGAGGAUCCUGGAACUUGGAUAACAUGGAAGGCAGUUUUCCAUCCUCUCUUCUGGAAGAGUUCAAGAGCAAUAAAACUAAAUGUUUUGAGCUAUCAGAGAUUGCUGGUCAUGUUGUUGAGUUCAGUGCUGACCAAUACGGGAGCCGAUUCAUUCAGCAAAAAUUAGAGACUGCCACAGCAGAAGAGAAAAACAUGGUUUUCCAGGAAAUUAUUCCUCAUGCAAUUACACUGAUGACUGAUGUCUUUGGUAACUAUGUAAUCCAAAAGUUUUUUGAACAUGGAAUGGCAACUCAGAGGAGAGAACUAGCUAACAAGCUCUUUGGGAGUGUAUUAACAUUAAGCCUUCAAAUGUAUGGCUGUCGAGUGAUCCAGAAGGCAAUAGAAGUAGUUGAUGUGGACCAAAAGAUUAAGAUGGUUGAGGAGCUUGAUGAUCAUGUUAUGCGUUGUGUACGUGAUCAGAAUGGGAAUCAUGUAAUCCAGAAGUGUAUUGAAUGUGUGCCAGAAGAUCACAUUCAAUUUAUUAUUUCAACAUUUUUUGGUCAAGUUGUGACGCUAUCUACUCAUCCAUAUGGAUGUCGAGUAAUACAGAGAGUACUAGAACACUGCAACGAUCCACAAACCCAAAGUAAAGUCAUGGAAGAGAUUCUAGGAUCUGUAAGCUCAUUGGCACAGGAUCAGUAUGGUAAUUAUGUUGUACAGCAUGUACUGGAGCAUGGAAAGCCGCAUGAGAGAUCUACUAUUAUUAAGGAAUUAGCUGGUAAGAUUGUUCAAAUGAGCCAGCAGAAGUUUGCCUCGAAUGUUGUAGAGAAAUGCUUGACAUUCGGUAAUCCUAGUGAAAGACAACUUCUUGUGAAUGAGAUGCUGGGCACAACUGAUGAAAAUGAGCCACUUCAGGCGAUGAUGAAAGAUCAGUUUGCAAAUUACGUUGUACAAAAAGUUUUGGAAACUUGCAGUGAUCAGGAGCGCGAACUGAUCCUUUCACGCAUAAAAGUCCACUUGAAUGCUUUGAAGAAAUACACCUACGGGAAGCACAUUGUCGCACGUGUUGAGAAACUCGUUGCUGCCGGGGAAAGGAGAAUGGCUGCUCAGACUCCAAACCCCGCAUAGAUCUUCAUAGAAAAGAAAGAUGUACAGCUAACCGAGGCUAGUUUGAGCUGCCUCUCUCCCUUUCUUUUCUCGAUACCUAGUUGUUCUCUGGCCUCCCCGCCCUCGUUCCGUGAUUUGUGAUUGCAAAUAAAGUUGUUGCUCCUACUAGAGAUCUCUGUACAUUAUGUAGCUUAAAGAAGUCUAUACACAGAACUAAGUAAAGCUUAAAGCCAGGCUGUUACAUAUUCUGAUGGCUGUUGCAGAGGAAGUGAAGCUUCUAAACCAUGUAAAAAUGAUACCAGGCCAUAGUAGUUUUUAUAUAAUCAACGUGACUGUACAAAUGUUACCAUGUUGAGAGAUAUUUGAUGUUUUAGGCAAGGCUGGCCAGAGUUUUCAUGUAUGCUACUUAGUACUUACCAUCUUCUUUUAAUGCUGAGUUAUAUGUUUUCUAUGCCUCAA